AAGCAGCAGAUGGAGGUUGAGCUGACUGAAGCCAAGGUGCAAUUGUCUAACAAGGACAAGGAUCUCCAUGCCAAGGACGUUGAGAUAGCGGAACUCAAGCGUCGCUUGAAUGAGCAAAUCGACAGAUGCGAGUCUUUGGAGAUUGACCUUGAGGCUGAGAAGGUCAAGGCUGCUGAUGCUGAGGAGGCGCGUGCUGUGAGCACUGCCGCGCUGAAUGUGGCUCAAACCAACUACUCUGAGGCUCAAGGUAUCGUCGAUACACUUGUCUCAGAAGCGGAGUGGAUGCGCACUCGUGGAGUAGUGAUGGUAAGUGCCUUGUGCUUUUUUCUUAAGUUGAAGAGUUUUUUCUUUAAUGCUUAUCUUUUGUUGAAGGUUGCCAACUCUAUCUUGAAUGCAAACGAGCUAGAUCGCGCUGUGGCGGCUCUGACAGAUGCGGCGCGUGCGGUGGGUCACCGAGGAGGUUACCUGGAGUGUGCUGAUCAUGUAGAGCAAAUGCUUGGGCAAGAAUUUGACACAAGCCACUGCUCAGUAACAGAUCGUGCCGAUGCUGCGCUGGCAAGUGCUGAAAAUUCCUAUGACAACCUCUCCUUGCCUAUCAUGGAGUUGGUUGUCGAAUCGUUAAAGAAAGACGACUGGUGCCAGCGUCUUAAGGCAAUCCUCGAUCCACCGGUCACCGUCGAGUUGUCCGACGAAGACCCAGCUGGUGAUGAUGGCGGUGAUGGUGAUGAUGAUGGCGACGAUGAUGAUGGUGAAGAUGACGGAGAUGAUGGUGAUGAUCGUCGCGAAGAGUAGGAGAGUUUGUUGAGUAGUUAGUUGGUAGGCACUUGUGCCUUUGUAAUUUCUUUGAUAGUCUUAUGUAUGGUGCUGCGCAGUUGCGCAAGAUGUUAAUGGA